AGAAGGCAGAAAGCUACAACAUGGAUGAGCUCUUGAACCCCUUUUGGAAUCCUUCUUCUAUGGAUCAUUGAAAAACCAACAACCCUUAUUCGAGUCUUUUAAUUGGCUAAAAGAGGGGCUUUGAAGGACAAUUUUUGAAGCUAGGAAAUGCAAUCCCAGACAGUAUCAAAGAUGGAAAAAAACCAGUCUUUACUCAUCCAUGGUGAUGAUCUUAGAGGAAGAUAUUCAGUUUCUGAGUUCAUCAGUCUCAUGCCAAGUCAACUUUCUCUGUCAGACCAGAAGUCCAUCUCCCAUCUUAUGAUCUUCUGUAGCCAAGAUGAAUCUAUUCAAUUCAACAACAACAAAGGGAUUGAAGCAAUCAAAGAAAAGAUCAAAUCUGCACUUGAGGGUUUGGAUGUUUUUCUCUUCCCCACUUUAGUGCAACUGUGGAUGCCCAAAACAAUAGGCACCCAGCAGCUUCUUGAAACUACAGAUCUUCCUUUUGGUAUUAGUCUGCUCACCGAAGGACUCUGUUUGUAUAGGAAGCGUUGUUUGGAACACAGAUAUGAGCUUGAUUGUCAAGAAGAGCUUGGUCCUGUUGGACGGGUUUUUAGAAAUGGGGUUCCAGAAUUUAGUCCAUAUGUGUCUUGUUACUCAUCUAAAGAGUUUAAACUGAGGGAUUCUGCUGUUAGAUGUGGUGUAAAUGGAUACUUGGCUUUGCCAGUUUUUGAGUCAGUUAGGGAUCAAUGCGUCGGUGUGCUUGAGCUGGUUACUUCUUGGGAUGGGAAUUGUUACUUUACUGAUGCGAUUGGAAAAGUUAUUGAUGAUGCUUUCAAGGCCGUAGGACUGAGGAUUUGUGAUGCACAUUUGUCACUUCACAAGGAUAGAAUUUCUCAGCAUGAAUUUGACCUCAGUCAAAUUGAGAACGGUUUGAAUGCAUUCUGUCAUGCACACUGUAUACGUUUUGCUCAGACCUGGUUCACAAGCACUGGAGAGAACCAUAAUGAAAGUGUCAUGUGCACAAGUGAAAGGGGAUCAGUUAUGUCAGUCAAGAAGGUUUCCUCCUUCCAAAAGGAUUGCAUUCAGUUUGGCUUAAAGAAAGGACAAAGUGUUGUCUGGAGUGCAUUUACAUCUGGUGCUUCAUGCUUCUGCAAAGAUGUGAAACAGUUAAGUAUUGAUGAGUACCCCCUAGUACUUAGUGCACGCAAAGUUAACUUAACUGGCUCUUUUGCUGUCUGUCUGCAAAGUAGAUCCACAGGAAAUGAAGUUUAUGUGCUAGAGUUUUUUCUGUGCCCCUACCAACCUUCUUAUGGGAAACCAUGGACCCUCUUGAAAGCUUUUUUAGCUGCAGUACAGCAGAACUUUCAGAGUUUCAAGGUUGCAUCUGUACAAGAAUCAGGGGCGGAUACACCUUUGAACAUAAUUAAACUUGAUAGACUGGAUGAAUCUUUGGAAAUGUGUGCAACAACCGGAUCUCAACCGUUGCUGAGAUUCUCACAUAACAAAUGUGAGAAUGUACGAACACAGGACAAUCUUCCUGUUCUUCAAAAUAAUGAAGACAUGGUAAAGGCACCAGGAUUGAAGGUUCUCAGAAACCAGUCAAGAAGGCAACUUGAAGAUGCUGAGUGUAUGUCUGAUAUUGUCAUACAUGAAGAAAAGCAGUUAUGCAGAGAGCGUAGCAUUGAUAGACAGACCAACAAGAGAAAAGCUGAUCGUUCCCUUUCUCACGAAGAUGUAGGAGAAUUUGAAAACCACAAUAAGAGAACACGUAAUAGAGACCAAGCACGUUCUGAUUUACCUCCUGAUGAAGGCACUACUUCUGUUUCUCACCCUGCAGCACCAGCACCAGAAAAUGAAGGCACAAUUAUGAUAAAGGCAGCAUUUAAGGAAGGCAUGAUUAAGUUUCCACUCUCUCUCUCAUCAGGGAUAAUGGAUUUUGAGAAAGAAGUGACAAAGAGGUUAAAUUUGACAACUGGAAGCUUUGAGAUCAAGUAUCAAAAGGAAGAUAAUAACUGCAUUUUAGUAUCCAAUGAUGUGGACUUGCAGAAAUUGAUGUUUGAUAUGAUGUCACAAAGGAAGAAUACAGUCAAAGUUCUUCUUGAGCCUACUCAGAAUCAACACCUUGAAAUUUCCAGGGGUUCUGUUGGGAGCCCUAUGCUGCAGAUAAAUCCAGUGCAGAACGAGAGUAUAAAGGCACCAUCAGCGCCAGAAAAUGAAGGCACAAUUAUGAUAAAGGCAUCAUUUAAGGAAGACAUGAUUAAGUUUCCACUCUCUCUCUCAUCAGGGAUGAUGGAUUUUGAGAAAGAAGUGACAAAGAGGUUAAAUUUGACAACUGGAAGUUUUGAGAUCAAGUAUCAAAAUGAAGAUAAUAACUGCAUUUUAGUAUCCAAUGAUGUGGACUUGCAGAAGUUGAUGUUUGAUAUGAUGUCACAAAGGAAGAAUACAAUCAAAGUUCUUCUUGAGCCUACUCAGAAUCAACACCUUGAAAGUUCCAGGGAUUCUGUUGGGAGCCCCAUGCUGCAGAUAAAUCCAGUGCAGAAUGAGAGUAUAAAGGCACCACCAGCACCAGAAAAUGAAGGCACAAUUAUGAUAAAGGCAGCAUUUAAGGAAGACAUGAUUAAGUUUCCACUCUCUCUCUCAUCAGGGAUAAUGGAUUUUGAGAAAGAAGUGACAAAGAGGUUAAAUUUGACAACUGGAAGUUUUGAGAUCAAGUAUCAAAAGGAAGAUAAUAACUGCAUUUUAGUAUCCAAUGAUGUGGACUUGCAGAAGUUGAUGUUUGAUAUGAUGUCACAAAGGAAGAAUACAAUCAAAGUUCUUCUUGAGCCUACUCAGAAUCAACACCUUGAAAGUUCCAGGGAUUCUGUUGGGAGCCCUAUGCUGCAGAUAAAUCCAGUGCAGAAAGAGAGGAUCAUGACCAUAAAGGCAACAUAUAAAGAGGAGACUGUAGAGCUUCAGGUUUCCCUUUCUUCAAAAUUGAUGGAACUGAAAAAUGAAGUCAUGAAGCAGUUCAAGUUAAGUAGUGACAGCUUUGACAUCAAGUGUCUAGCUGAGCCCAAUGAAUGGAUUCCAUUGACCAGCGACAAUGAUUUGCAUAAUUGUGUGACUAUCAUGAAACCACAGGAAAACCCAACAAUCAGACUUGCUGUUGAGCCAUGCACCAAUCAGAUUCCUGAGGAAGUUGCUACUUCUGCUUCACCUCCUAUGCCACAAGCUAUGACAAAGCAAAAUGAAAGCCUCAUGACAAUAAAGGCAACAUACAAAGAAGUCAUGAUAAAGUUUCAGCUCUCUCUUUCAUCUGGACUGAUGCAACUCAGAGAUGCGAUAAAGAAACGGCUCAACCUGAGUGGUGAAAGUUAUGAGAUCAAGUAUCAAGAUGUCAAUAACAAUUGGAUUUGUCUAUCCAGAGAUGCAGAUUUGCAGAGUCAUUUAAGAGCUAUGAGAUCAUCAGACAGGUCAACAGUCAGACUUCAUAUUGAGCCCUUGAAGGCAUAGCCUCAAAAGGUUCACUAUGCUUACUGUUUCAGUUUGAACUUCAUUUUGUGGAACAUAUAUACGGGAGCCACAAAUAAUUUCUUAAUCUUCAAUAUCUAGCUUGUCUGAGAGGGAUCAACCUACACAUAAAUUUUAUUGUACAAUUAACUACCAACCUGUUGGGGAAAAAAAUCUACCUAAAUUCUACAGGA